CCAUUACUGUAUGUGCACUUGGCGCACGCAAUAAUUUCUCCUACAAAACUCCUCUAAAUUUUAGAGCCACGUACAUUAUCUUCUAUAACGAGACCACCGAAUAUCCCCACGAAAUCUUGCACCUUUUUCUCCUCUUCAUCACGAAACCCUACCCUCGUCUCUCUUUUUGUGUGUGUGUGUGUGUGUGUGCGUGUGUGUGUGUGGAUCUCUUUAUAGGUCUCUAUAAAUACCCACCUCAACUUAAACCCAUGAACACACCACAAACACAAACUUUAGCCAAAACCAACAUGGCCAACCGAAGCAUUUUUACCCACAAACUCUUCCACAUUUUGAUUACUUUUGUGGCAUUAACUUGUGAGGCCACCUAUGGUGAUCAAUUUGUUGGGGUUCAAGGGACUGAGUUUGUGCUCAAUGGCCAGCCAUUCUUGUUCAAUGGGUUCAACUCUUAUUGGAUGAUGCACGUCGCGGCGGAGCCCGCGGAGCGCGGUAAGGUCACCGAAGUGCUUCGCGAGGCGGCGGCGAACGGGCUCACCGUGUGUCGGACGUGGGCGUUUAGCGACGGUGGCGAUCGCGCCCUCCAGGUGUCGCCUGGCGUGUACAAUGAAUUCGUUUUCCAGGGACUUGACUUUGUGAUCUCGGAGGCACAAAAGUACGGAAUUCGCUUGAUCCUGAGCUUAGUGAACAACUUCAAGGACUUUGGCGGUAGGGCGCAGUACGUGCAGUGGGCUCAGAAUGCGGGAGCGGCGCCGGUGAACGGGGAGGACGAUUUCUAUACAAAUGAAGUGGUGAAGGGAUACUACAAGAACCAUGUAAAGACAGUGUUAACAAGGAUCAACACAAUGACUAACAUGGCCUACAAGGAUGACUCAACAAUCAUGGCAUGGGAACUAAUGAAUGAACCUCGUUGCCAAUCAGAUUACUCUGGGAAAAUGAUUAAUGGAUGGAUACAAGAGAUGUCGACUUACGCGAAAUCGCUCGACGAGAAGCACCUUCUCGAAGCCGGUAUGGAGGGUUUUUAUGGCGACUCCAUGCCGGAGAAGAAGCAGUACAAUCCCGGGUACCAAGUUGGGACGGAUUAUAUUACUAGUAAUCUCAUCAAGGAGAUAGAUUUUGCGACCAUCCACGCAUACCCUGAUAUAUGGCUCUCCGGCCAAACCGACGAUGCCCAAACUGCAUUCGUGCAGCGGUGGAUGUGGAGCCACUGGGACGACGCACGCCGGAUCCUGCAGAAGCCCCUCGUCUUCGCGGAGUUCGGCAAGUCGAAGAAGGACCCGGGCUACACCGUCGACGGUCGCGACUCGUACCUCGACACGGUGUACCGGAGCAUCUACCGCUUCGCGCGGUCUGGCGGGGGGUCGAUGGCGGGCGGCCUGGUGUGGCAGGUCAUGGCGGAGGGGAUGGAUUCGUACGACGACGGCUAUGAGAUCGUGCUGUCACAGGAGCCGGCAACGACGGGGCUCAUCGCGCGGCAGUCGAAGGUGAUGUCGGUGCUCGCGCACACGCUCGGCGGGCCCGCCGAGGCCAGCCNGCGGCCGCGGUGGCGGCGGCCACCGGAGGCAUAG